AUGGCAAACAGACCAAAGGGAUUCGGAAUGUCUGCGGAUUUAGCUCGCAAGGUAAUAGGUUUUAUUAUAUUAUAAAGCCAAGUGUUUCAAAGAGCGGGUAGACGCGGGGUAUUUUGAAGAGAGUCAUAGGUACCAAAGCACCUCACUGUGCUGCUACGACCGUUGCACUCUGUCGGCAAGAUGAGUGCAAAUAAAUGCUUUUGAUAGCGUCAAUUUUCUUUAAUGGUUACAUAAAAGUAGCCUUUUCACCAAGAUUAACGAUUCAAAAUAAUUAGCAUAGUUUUAAAUUGAAAUGGUUUCUCAGUUUGUUUUGUAUCAGCUCCACCACCCCUCCCGCAUCGUCUGGAGUCUUUUUUUGUAAGGAAAUUAGCACUUUCGUUGGCAGUUUUGGUUGCAAAUCAUUGGUGUAAGUCACCUUGUUGUCGUUACAGUGAUGUUUUUGCUUUCUUGACUUAAAUCAAGACUUGUCCUUUAAACAGACAUUUUCUGCGAACUUGAGAAGUGAACUCUCGCGAAUGAAGCAAUGCAACCGUUGUCGUAGUUUUAUCAGACCUAUUUUUGAACAUAGACAUGAAAAGGUGGAAAUUCUUUUAUAUGAGUUAAGUAAUAGUGCAAAAUCGAAAAACAAAGCAUUGCAGUAAUGAUACUAUAAGGUGACAGACUUCAGAAAAAUAUCAACAGAGAUUUUUUAUUGAGGUCAAUGGGCGGGUCACACUAGGAACUAUUUGGUAAAGCACGCUGAAAGCGCUGAUGUGUUGGGGCUAACGGAACCUCUCGUACCACUAUAACUAGUUAAGUACCUCUCAAUACCAUUAUAAUUAGCUAAAUUUUCGAAAUUUUGUUCAGACACGGAGUACACGAAGGCGCACUGAACGAAAAGCAAAUUCCAUGGACAAUAUUUUCGUUCCGCCGCACGCUAAAGCUUUAAUAACAAAAACAUCACAAAGCACACGAGAUAACCAAAAAGUUAUUUCACUACCGAGCAACACUGCACCUCUUAAAAUUCGAUCCCCUUCGUUAAGCAAGGAAUUGCUUCUUUUUCUCUCUUCUUUAAAGUAUGCAAAUUUUAUAGAAGAAAAGAGAAGCCUCUUGGUUUGCUUUACAUUCAGCAAUUAAUGGAUCAAUACAAUCGUGAUUAUUUAUUUGUUGCGUCUCAACAAUGCGAGGUCUAACUCGCCUGACCCCACAGUGUGUAUUCUGGACUCGAGGGACUGGGUAAGAAAUUUUUCGUCCCUCUCUCUUUUUCUCUCCUACAAGUGAUGGCUGAUGAACGGGAGCUCUCAGCUUUUCCCGGUAUUUUUGUUGCACAAUUCAAUCAAUUGUUUUGAGGAAUACUGAACUAUCCGUGGAAGCUGUUUGGAGGUAGAGGUCCGUGAUGUUGUUCUAAGGAUUACAAUCAGAAAAAAUGCGAGCUAUUUUCAUGAAUAUUAAUGUUUAAGAUUAUUUCUCUAUUAAGCUUAACCCCUCAACUCCUUACAUGUGGUUGCUAAUUCUCCCUUCUAGCUGAAUCACAUUUUCUUGUAAAUAAGUUACAAGAAUUUCGUGUUAGAUCAAGAUAACAACCUCAACCUGAUAAGUCUGAUUGUUCUCCUCAUCUUUUUUGAUAGACAAUGUUUGGAUAUUAUAGGGAGAAAUUGCAUGUUAAUCGCUUUUGGCAGUUGAAGGGUUGAUAUUUAUCGUCAGAUCUUGUACUCCCUUCAGGAAUCUUAAGGUUUUCGUUUUUUCUUGGCAGGCUGCAGCCAAGUAUGACAGUCAACAAGAAGCAAAUGCUAUUGAGUGGAUUGAAGCUGUUUUGGGUAGAAAUGUGUUUGGUGGUAAAUGUGGGCAAGAUCAUGUUCAUGAGGUGUUGAAGGAUGGAACAAUCCUUGUUGAGUUAGUAUUGUAGUUUACCAGAAUUUUUUUUAUGUUGAUUGUUCCAAACUUGGGAAUGGUAUCAAAUCCUUUCUUUAACCUUUUACCCUCCAACAUCUGUAUUCAUAUUCUCCAUACUAUCCUUCUACAUUUUCUAUGAUACUGAAAAGGAGAAUUUGUUUGAGGAUCAGGAGCUCUCCAAAGUAGUGAUCAUUUCCUGUAUUUUAAUGACCUUAAUGUUUGAUUCAAGGAUGAUACUGUAAAGAGAAAUUAGAAGCUGGUCACUCUUAGGGGUUAGACUUACCUUAAUUGAAAUAUUUUCCCAAAUUUAAGGUGGAAAUUGUUGAUUAUGUACCAGGUUGAGAGCAAACUAGAAUCCAAUGUUUUUUUCUUGCAGACUGGCUAAUGCACUUCGCUCUGCAGACCCUUGUAAUAGCCUAGGCUCUGCAGUGAAGGGUAAUACAAGUACUGCUCCCUUCAAACAGGUUUGUUGAGAUGUUAGUUAAGAUCUAACUAGAGCAUGAAUUACUUUGUAACUAUUUAGAGGUAGAAAACAGAAUCUUCAGGAUAUGUGCCUUUUCUGAAUCUGGGAAAAAAAAUUAUUUGAUUUCAAUAAAUGGCCCCUCAACAAAGCUAACUGCUUCAAGCUUAACAAGCUCUUCAGGUGGACAUCUGUCAUUCUCAUAGGCCCAAUCUCUCAUGGAACAUUAGAGGGCUAUUACAACUGCCAUCUUUGAGUUUGCAAGCAAUUUCGAAAGUGCUCAGUUGUUCAAAGGCUGAUUAGUACCAACCCAGGGUUAAAUCUUAAUCAGGAUUUUGGAUUAUUUUCUCUAUUUUUUUUUUUGAGAAUCCAAUCAUUAAAUUGUAGACAAAAAGAAUUAUUCUGAAUUCUCUUUUAGGCAUUAAGAUCUGAAAUCAGAUUUCACACCAACUCUUGUUUAUCUUAAACUAGCUUUUAAAAACUGGCACAGUACUUUAUCCAGAGUUGCCUGCUGUGAUUUUCAGAUUUUCACCCAUCCUCUUUUUUCCUUUCACUGAUCCAAUAAAAGUUGAUGGGUGCCUUGAAUUGGAGAGGGGAGGGGAGGGGGGGGGAGGGUCAAAGGAAUUCAUCAGCCAUGGGAUUAUUUUUUUUUUUCUGGGAACAGUAGGCUGGACACAAAAAAACACCCUGGAUACCCUGGCACCCACCUUCCAUUUCAAUUAACUGAGGUAGUGGUAAAUAUAUUGAUUUUUCUUCUAGAUGGAAAAUAUUUCAAAUUAUCUAAGUUUCUGCUCAAAGAUGUUGGGAGUAGAGGCUUCUGAUUGCUUUCAGACUGUAGACCUGUAUGAAAAGCAAAACAUGGAUAAUGUAAGAUGUUUUAUUUUAUAACAAGUUGUUAUCAUUUUAUUUACUUAGAAUAGUUAACAAUUAUUCACCAAUUAAGUGGCAGUGAAUAGUGGUGGAUAUUUACCAACACAGAAGUGAAUAACCAUUUUAGUAUAUUAUACACAGAUAGCAAAUUGUUGUUCCUUUCUUUCUAAAACGAGUGGAAAUGAAAUUGUUGAUGCAAAAUUUUGUCUCUUUGCUUGCUUGGAGGGGAAUUAUGCUUGCUAUUCACCUUAAUUAAAACCAGCCAAUCAGCAGGUACUAAUCACCUGUGUGGUGUAUACUAGUAUUGGAUAUGUCUAAUACAAGCCAGAAAAUGUGAUUAAGGAUCUAACAUCUAGGCUUACUUACCUAGUUGACUUAUGGGUACCUUAAAUUAUUCCUUAUUGAGAUUUAUCAGUACAGGUAUCAAUAUGAUAAGGCUUAUACUUCAGAUUAAUAUUACUACCAUGGCAACUUUAUAUCUAAUGACCAUCAGAUAUAUUUCAAUCACUAGCUGACAAAAGUGGGAUAUUUGAUAGGACCUGUAUGGGGUUAGGACUGAGGCAAUUUUCAAAAUAUUAUGUACCACAAGGAAUGCUCAAAAAUUUGUGGUUAGUCAAACAGAUUUUUUCAUACUGAUGUCACAACAAUCAGAGAAGUAUUUGCGAUUCAAGCUUUAUGCUCACGACAGCUAAAAGCAUGUGUAAUUCAUUUACUUCCAGUACCGGUACAUGGCUUGUUUAGUGUUUUUAUUACAACACAGAACAACAUAAAACAAGUACUUAGUACCUCAAUUAGUUUUUAUAUUUUAAUCAACCAGAAUCAACCCUUUACUGUUUAGUACUGUUUUUUAUUACAACACAGAAAAUUUGUUUAUUUUAAGAGAGAAGUUGGUAAUCAUAAUUUUUUGACCUUACUGGUCAUUACACUGUUGGGAGAUAAAUGUUAAAAUUUUUGGAGGUCAUUAAGCAGAUAAAUAACAUAAUAAUAAUAUCAUUUCAUAGUUUUCAGUUAUUGGGAGAUAUGAAUUCUUUAUGAUCAGUGAUAAAUUAAACAGUCAGCUUGUUGAAGGAUUUUCGUUACUUGAUUGCUAUGAUUAUUCUUGCAUUCUUAUUCACUCAUCAAUAUGAAGUUUAUCAGACUGCAUUCUACUGAUCACUUUUAGGAUAGAAAAACAAUGCAAAGCAAAAAUCCAAGAUUAUUUAGGAAUGAUUUUAAUUUUUUAAAUUUUGUGAUAAUGAAGGCUGAUGCAUCUAAGUUGUAACAUCUAGUGAAACAUCACAGUGAAACCUAUACUUUUACUCACUCAUUCAAUCAUGUGUACCCUGGGCAGGCUCAAGCAAAAGGUUUAAGUGUUCGCCCAUUAGGACCCAAGGAGGCCACUGAAAACAAACGUGAAUUCACAGAAGAGCAACUCAAGGAGGGAAAGAAUGUCAUUGGAAUUCAAAUGGGAACCAACAAACUUGCCUCGCAAGCUGGAGAGCAUUUUGGCCGCCCUAGGCAGGUUGCUGGGCAUGAUGCCUAUAAUUAA